GGCGCCGGGCCGGGGCCAUGGCGGGGCCGGGCUUCGUGCGGACGCUGGAGAAGCGGGACGGCUCGGCGCUGCGGCUGGAGCAGCGCGGCGCGGGCGGGGUGGGCUGCGUGGUGUGGGACGCCGCCCUGGUCCUGGCCAAGUUCCUGGAGCGCGGGGCCCUGGGCCUGGCCCUGCGCCGCCGCGCCGUGCUGGAGCUGGGCGCGGGCCCCGGCGCCGUGGGUAUCAUGGCGGCCACGCUGGGGGCAGAUGUUACGGUCACUGAUCUUGAGGAACUUCAGGAUUUGCUGAAUAUUAAUAUUGAAAAGAACAAGCAUCUUGUCACAGGCUCAGUUCAAGCCAAGGUACUGAAAUGGGGUGAAGAUGUAAAAGAAUUUCUGCCUGCACCAGAUUAUAUACUUAUGGCUGACUGCAUUUACUAUGAGGAGUCACUAGAGCCAUUACUGAAGACCCUGAAAGACCUUUCAGGUCCUGAUACCUGUAUCAUAUGUUGUUACGAACAAAGGACUAUGGGUAAGAACCCAGAAAUAGAGAGAAAAUACUUUGAGCUGCUCCAGAUGGACUUUGAGUUGGAAAAGGUUCCACUGGAGAAACAUGAUGAGGAGUAUCGGAGUGAGGACAUUCACAUCUUGAACAUCCGAAGGAAAAAAAUGGCAGGGUAUUUUUUAUUGGCAUAUUGGAGAUUGUCAAGAAUUCUCAAAACUGUGGUUUACCUAGCAUGAUUUGAGCUGGUGGGUGAGUGUGAGGAGACAGAAGUAAUAUUCAGCCCCCAUUCCCAAUGCUACAGUAUGCAGCAGGUACAGAUACAUACAAGUAUAGGUUUCAGAGUAGCAGCCGUGUUAGUCUGUAUCCGCAAAAAGAACAGGAGUACUUGUGGCACCUUAGAGACUAACAAAUUUAUUUGAGCAUAAGCUUUCGUUAUACAUUCCAUGAGCAAGACUUUAGAGUGGUUAGGAAACAAGGUUAACGUCCAAUCCACAUUGCAAACUGGAACUACAUUUGUAACCGGGUUGGGGACAGCUAACUGGAACCAGGUUCCCUGAUGUUGUAUUUUAUAAUAUAGGGUGGGUCUGAAUGGCAAAGUUUAAUAGCUUCGGAGGGAAUAGUAUUUCUGUCAACUUCUUGGUUGAUACGCUACCUAAAUAAUUGGAAAUGGCUGGCUUAAUUGUGCCAGACAAGGGAACUUCAAUUUUCCAAAACAUCAAGCUUAAAGGUGAACUAAAAAGUUUUAAAAAUAGAUAUCAAAUAAGGCCCCAAGUUUGCAAAUACACUUGAACAACACAGGCUUUAAAAGGAAGCUUAAGUUGAAAUAUUUGUGGAGAAAAAUAAUUUCAGAUUUAGUCACUUAAAAAAAA